GGGGCGCGGCGCCACGCGUCUUUAACCCACGGGGUGCCCUGGCCCCGAGCCGGAGGACUUGUUCCCAGACACCCCUCGGGUCGGAGUCGAACGGGACCGUUGCCUCCACAACCAGUGCUCUUCUUAAGGGUUUUAACAUCGCGCUUCUCUUCUCUUCUCCACGCCUCCCACCAGGUCACCUUUGGGAUCCGGGAUGAUCCGAGCCCCAAAAGAACAACAAACUGGUGUCCUCGAGGAGUGAUGCCUGAGCAGGAGAGACAGGUUACAGCCAGAGAAGAGGCCAGUCGGAAAAUCUUAUCUAAGCUUUCUUUGCCUGCUCACUCUUGGAAACGAGCAAUGAAGCAGAGUUUUGCCUUUGACAAUGUCGGCUAUGAAGGGGGUGCGGACAACAUGUGCUCUUCUCCGAUGAUAACCAGCACCAUUGGCAUUUUGGGCAUGACUUGCCAGUCUUGUGUCAAGUCCAUCGAGGGCAGGCUUUCUAGUUUGAAGGGCAUCGUGAGCAUUAAAGUUUCCUUAGAACAAGGCAAUGCAACUGUGAAAUAUUUGCCAUCAGUCAUUAGCCUGCAACAAGUUUGCCACCAAAUUGGGGACAUGGGCUUUGAGGCCACCAUGGCAGAGGGAAGAGCUUCCUCCUGGCCUUCCAGGUCUUUACCAGCCCAAGAGGCAAUAGUCAAGCUGCGGGUGGAAGGCAUGACCUGCCAGUCUUGUGCCAGCUCCAUUGAAGGCAAGAUGCGGAAACUACAUGGAGUAGUGAGAAUCAAAGUUUCACUCAGCAACCAAGAGGCAGUUAUCACUUACCAGCCUUACCUUAUUCAACCCGAAGACCUCAGGGACCAUGUCAACGACAUGGGGUUUGAAGCUGCCAUCAAGAACAAAGUGGCUCCCUUAAGUCUGGGACCAAUUGAUAUCGGCCGGUUACAGAGUGCUAGCCCAAAGAGACCAUCAGCUUUUGCUAACCAGAAUCUCAACAACUCUGAGACCCUGGGGCACCAAGGAAGCCGCAUGGCCACCCUGGAACUGGGAAUAGAUGGAAUGCACUGUCAGUCUUGUGUCUUGAAUAUUGAAGGAAAUAUAGGCCAGCUCCCGGGGGUUCAACGUAUUCAAGUAUCCUUGGAGAACAAAACUGCCCAAGUACAGUAUGAUCCUUCUUGUGUCACACCUGUGUCCCUACAGAGAGCCAUUGAGGCACUUCCACCUGGGAACUUCAAAGUUUCUCUUCCUGACGGAGCAGGAGGGAGUGGAGCAGGGGACAGAUCUCUCAGUUAUCAUUCCCUGGGCUCUCCUGAGAGAAGCCUGGUGCAGGACCCGUGCAGCUCUGUAGUGCUGAGUGUCACUGGCAUGACCUGUGCGUCCUGUGUGCAGUCCAUCGAAGGCGUGCUCGCCCAGAGAGAAGGGGUACAGAGAAUCUCUGUCUCUUUGGCUGAAGGAACUGCAACAGUUCUUUAUGAUCCCUCUGUAAUUAGGCCUGAAGAACUCCGAGCUGCUGUAGAAGAUAUGGGAUUUGAGGCGUCAUUGAUUCCUGAAAACUGUUCUACCAGCCAUGUUGAAAGCCUCAGUGCUGGAAAUGCCAUGCUGCAAACUCUAGGUGACCCACCGGUGUCCGUGCAAGAAGUGACUCCACAAGCCAGGGGGCCCCUUAGAAACCACAGCCCUGGCUACUCAUCGGACACCCCCCAAUCCAUUGGAACAGUAGCACCGCAAAGGUGCUUUUUACAGAUCAAAGGCAUGACCUGCGCAUCCUGUGUGUCUCACAUAGAAAGAAAUCUCCAGAAAGAAGCUGGUAUUCUCUCCAUCCUUGUUGCCUUGAUGUCAGGAAAGGCAGAAGUCAAGUAUAAUCCAGAGGUCAUCCAGCCACCUAAGAUCGCUCAGCUUAUCCAGAACCUGGGCUUUGAGGCAGCAAUCAUGGAGGACAAUGUGGGCUCAGAUGGCGAUAUUGAACUGGUUAUCACAGGGAUGACCUGCGCUUCCUGUGUUCACAACAUAGAGUCCAGGCUCACCAGAACCACUGGCAUCACCUAUGCCUCUGUGGCCCUUGCCACCAGCAAAGCCCAUGUGAAAUUUGAUCCAGAAAUUAUUGGUCCACGGGAUAUUGUCAGAAUUAUUAAGGAGAUCGGCUUCCAUGCUUCUCUGGACCAGAGAAGGCCCAACGCUCAUCACUUGGACCACAAGAUGGAAAUAAAGCAGUGGAAGAAGUCUUUCCUGUGCAGCCUGGUCUUUGGCAUCCCUGUCAUGGGCUUAAUGAUCUAUAUGUUAAUACCCAGCAGUGAGCCCCACGAGGCAAUGGUCCUGGACCACAGUAUCAUCCCAGGACUGUCUAUUCUGAACCUUAUCUUCUUCAUCUUGUGUACCUUCGUCCAGUUCCUCGGUGGGUGGUACUUCUAUAUUCAGGCCUACAAGUCUCUGCGACACAGGUCAGCCAACAUGGAUGUGCUCAUUGUUCUGGCCACAAGCAUUGCCUACGUCUACUCCCUGGUCAUCCUGGUCGUUGCAGUUGCUGAGAAGGCCGAGAAGAGUCCUGUGACAUUCUUUGACACACCCCCCAUGCUCUUCGUGUUUAUUGCCCUGGGACGGUGGCUGGAACACGUGGCAAAAAGCAAAACUUCAGAAGCUCUUGCCAAACUCAUGUCUCUCCAAGCCACAGAAGCUACAGUUGUGACCCUUGGUGAGGACAACUUAAUCCUCAGAGAGGAGCAAGUGCCCAUGGAGCUCGUACAGCGGGGCGAUAUCAUCAAGGUCGUUCCCGGGGGGAAGUUCCCAGUGGAUGGGAAAGUCCUGGAAGGCAAUACCAUGGCUGAUGAGUCCCUCAUCACAGGAGAAGCCAUGCCUGUCACUAAGAAACCUGGGAGCAUGGUGAUCGCCGGGUCCAUAAACGCUCAUGGCUCUGUGCUCAUUAAAGCCACCCAUGUGGGCAACAACACUACUUUGGCUCAGAUUGUGAAGUUGGUGGAAGAGGCUCAGAUGUCAAAGGCACCCAUUCAGCAACUGGCCGACCGGUUUAGUGGAUAUUUUGUCCCAUUUAUCAUCAUCAUUUCAACUUUGACGUUGGUGGUUUGGAUUGUAAUCGGUUUUAUUGAUUUUGGUGUUGUUCAGAAAUACUUUCCUAACCCCAGCAAGAACGUGUCGCAGACAGAGGUGAUCAUCCGGUUCGCCUUCCAGACAUCCAUCACUGUGUUGUGCAUUGCCUGCCCCUGCUCCCUGGGGCUGGCCACGCCCACGGCAGUCAUGGUGGGUACUGGAGUGGCCGCCCAGCAUGGCAUCCUCAUCAAGGGAGGCAAGCCUCUGGAGAUGGCGCACAAGAUAAAGACUGUGAUGUUUGACAAAACUGGAACCAUUACCCACGGGGUUCCCAGGGUCAUGCGAGUCCUGCUGCUUGUAGAUGUGGCUACACUGCCCCUCAGAAAGGUUCUGGCUGUGGUGGGCACUGCAGAGGCCAGCAGUGAGCAUCCCCUGGGCUUGGCAGUCACCAAAUACUGUAAAGAGGAACUUGGAACAGAGACCUUGGGAUACUGCACGGACUUCCAGGCGGUGCCAGGCUGUGGAAUUGGCUGCAAAGUCAGCAAUGUGGAAGGCAUCCUGGCCCAGAGUGAGCGCCCACUGAGUGGGCAGGCUGCUCCCCUGAAGGGGAUUGGCAGCCCUCCAGGAAAAGAUACAGCGCCCCAGACUUUCUCUGUGCUGAUUGGAAACCGUGAGUGGAUGAGGCGCAACGGCUUAACCAUCUCCAGUGACGUCAGUGAUGCUAUGAUCGAUCAUGAAAUGAAAGGACAGACAGCCAUCCUGGUGGCGAUUGACGGUGUGCUUUGUGGGAUGAUCGCCAUCGCAGAUGCUGUCAAGCCAGAGGCUGCCCUGGCGGUGCAUACCCUGAAAAGCAUGGGUGUGGAUGUGGUUCUGAUCACCGGGGACAACCGAAAGACAGCCAGAGCCAUUGCCACCCAGGUUGGUAUCAACAAAGUGUUUGCAGAGGUGCUGCCUUCUCACAAGGUCGCCAAGGUCCAGGAGCUCCAGAAUGAAGGGAAGAAAGUCGCUAUGGUGGGCGAUGGGGUGAAUGACUCCCCAGCCUUGGCCCAGGCCGAUGUGGGCAUCGCCAUCGGGACUGGCACAGAUGUUGCCAUUGAGGCGGCAGAUGUGGUUCUCAUCAGAAACGACUUACUGGAUGUGGUGGCCAGCAUUCACCUCUCCAAAAGGACCGUCCGCAGGAUCCGCGUCAACUUGGUGCUGGCACUGAUUUACAACAUGGUGGGGAUACCCAUCGCUGCAGGUGUCUUCAUGCCCAUUGGUAUCGUGCUGCAGCCAUGGAUGGGCUCAGCGGCCAUGGCGGCCUCCUCCGUGUCCGUGGUGCUCUCUUCUCUACAGCUCAAGUGCUACAGGAAGCCCGACCUGGAGAGGUACGAGGCACAGGCCCAUGGCCGUAUGAAGCCCCUGAGUGCAUCCCAGGUCAGCGUGCAUGUGGGCAUGGAUGACCGACGGUGGGACUCCCCCAGGGCCACACCGUGGGACCAGGUCAGCUAUGUCAGCCAGGUGUCUCUGUCCUCCCUGACAUCUGACAAGCUGUCUCGGCAUAGUGCCACUGUGGAUGAUGGCGGAGACAAGUGGUCUCUGCUCCUGAAUGACAGGGAUGAGGAACAGUACAUUUGAAAGCUCUAGGAGCACAGAUCCAGGGCAGGCCGGGUAGGUCCUCCUGUGAGGACUCACAUUGCUGGCUGUGGUUGGGCCAAGCACAGUACAAACAGCAUGUGGAGGUGAAGCUUGCCCAAGGCCCCCUGCCCCCUGGAUGUUUCCAUUGUCCCUCCCUGGAUCUCUGGGCUUUGUUGAGGUGCCAUCAGAAGGGGCUGGGCAGAACAGCCCUUUGUGUGUCCUGCUGGUGUGGGGCAAAGGAUCCUGGCCUUCCUGGGCUGUUAGCAUGGAGCCUUUCUUGGAAGCAGAAGAGGAGAGGAAAUCAGUGCUCCUCACAGACCUCUGCCUCUGUACCUGAGAGGACUUCUUGAGAAAUAAACACACCCAUUAGGACCAAACAGUCGGCUGGGCCUCUUCAUGAACUCAUGGUGAGGCUGUCUGACAUCGUCUAUGUGUCUCAUGGGUCUGAGACCACCAUUUACCUCACGUGCACCUGUUGCCUUCUACUGGCAGUCUCUUCCUUUUCUCCUCUUCUGUGUGCUUGGCCUCCUUCACACUGAGGCAGGACUGCUGCCCUUGGGCAUCUACAAUGCUCUGGCCCCUGCACUCAGACUGAGCCUGCCUCCUGCCUGGGAGCUAACCGUACCCCCCUUCACACCGAGGAGAAGUCUUUUUUGUUGCUGAACAGCUCCUGGGGAGUCCUGCUGCUGCUGAUGCCCCACUAAAAUGAGAUUUCUGAGCCUGACCGGGAGUCCAAACCCAGCUUUCUUCAAGGCCCUGGGACUCGUGAGCCUGGACGCUCUGUGGGGGUCAUGUGCCUAAGGGGCCUCCCUAUUACCUCGCAGGGCCCAGUUCAGCCCUGGUGCCUGGAGUCCCCGGGCUCCCUGGCCUGUGUGCCUGGCAGAAAUGCCCUGUGAGAGGACAGCAGUUCAUGUGAGCCUUGUGUGUGCUGAGUGGUUAACCGAAGGGCAGCACAGCUCCCCAGGGGAAUGUCUGCUUUUUUUUUUUUAAUAGCUUAUAAAAAUACCACCAAGUUGAUAAUCUUUAUUUCACAAAGAUACACAAUACAAGUAAUACAAAAAUCCAUACAUUCUAUGGUUUCUAAACAUUUACCCCAUUAAUAGUUUUUGUGAGAGGCUGUUGUCCUUCAUGGUUCAGAGAAAGUUUAGAUGACUGACGUUUGUUAGAGCCCCACUUUCUUCCUUUCUACCCAGCAAGUUAGUCUGUUCAGAAGUCUUGCCAGAUGUUUUGUUCGCCUCUCCCUGUUACUGCUUAACCAACAGAUUUCAUUCUGUGGUUGCAGAGUAAUCUGUUAAGUCUCAUAAUUCAGGGGCUAUCCUACUGACCAGGGCCUAUCCCAUUUGGAUGGGUCUAUCCCCGUUUCUCUCAAUUCAGAUCCAACUGUGAGUUGCAUGUUCUUUCGCUGCCAGUUUAAAUCUUGAAUAUGUUUCCUUACCUUCCAAAGCUCUUUCUGCAUAUGUUCAGUCAUAUGAACUAGAUUUUUAUUACUUUGCAGGCAUUCCAUCCAUGCUGUGAGGUUACUUCUAGAUUCUCUAUUCAGUCUGCUUCAUGCUCUCAGUGAGUAAUAGAAUUUUUUACACAUCCCUGCCAUGCAGUGAUGUCACUUUUCUGACCCGAGGCAGAGGCUGGAAGCUCAUAUCAUUUCAAGGUGAGCAACUCAAAUGGUUGUCAGUUUCAAAAGUAAAGUAAUCUGGGGCUGUUAAGUAGCUCAAGGAAUUCUUAGGAGGUUGGUAUCUGUGAGCUUCCUCCUUUACCAGCGCCACAGCUGCUCCCCACACGCCUGUUGCUUCUGAGCCUUGAUCAAAAUGCAGCAGGGCACCCGCUACUACCUCUCUGGCCACCAACCCCAUGCCUGCCUUUGCAGGGACUGUGGUCUCGCCUGUGUUUUCUGAGUCUGCAAUGUCCACUUUUACCCUUCAGUAGCUCUUGUGGUUUUAGCGGGUCAGGGUGGGUUGAGUUACAGACUCUGAAGUCUGGUGAUUGACGAGACCCCCUGGGAACAGGGUAACAGAAUCAGAUUACUCUUAAGAUGAAACCUGGGCACACAAAAUACUUUUAUUUAUUGAGUGUCACUUAUUUGCCAGGGGCAGUGUUAGUACUCUUUGUCGGUUUUACUUCUAAUCCCCCACAAAGUAGCAAGGUAGCUAUUUCUGUCCAUAUUUUACAGGCAAGGAAACAGGCCAAGAGAGCCUACUUACUUCUCUUGCCUGUUAUCACACAGCCAGUAUACAUGCCAUCUCUGUUGGCUCUGAAGGCUUUUCUGUAAUUCUGCUACUGCCUUAUCACUUUGCUUAACUAGAAGAGCACGUUUUCCAGGUGAUGUAUUAGUUGUACCAACUUAGAAUGCAUGGGCUGGAAUGUAGCUCAGUGGUGCUGUGCCUGCCUGGCAAGCACAAGGCCCCUGGUACUAGAAACAAAACAAAACAAAAUAAAACUUAGAAUGAAGUUGUAAUGCAUUCAUGAGAUCAUUUCACGUUCACUUUGGAUAAUCAGUUUCAAUUUUAACAUAUAGUAUAGUUUUUUGCUAGGUUUUAUAUUCUUUCUUUCUUUUGUUACGGGGAUCGAACUCGGGACCUUGCACUUGCAAGGCAGGCGGUGGCACCACUGAGCUACAUCCCUGGCCCUGGGUUUUAUGUUCUAAAAGCCAAGUUCAGGGUUUUGUUAUGUUUCAUUGUCUGCAGUCUUCCCUUUUCUGCCAGCCCUUUCCCACUAUCCAUCCCCAUUCUGUCUUUCCUCUAUUCUUCCUCAGGAAAUAUUUCUUAUUUUGAAAUUAGGCUAAUGAUUUUCUAAAGAAUCUAAUUGUGUUAAAUUUUAAAACUUCUAGAACCAUUAAUGUCACAUUCAUAUAUAGAAUUGAAAAUACUUAUAUAAUGGUACAGAAAGUAAACUUGUAGAUGUUAGCGUACCAGGAGUUUGGAGGUCAGAUAACAGUUCCUAUUUAAAAAAACAUUCCACACAGUAUGAGAAUAAAGUUUCAUUUUGUUCAUCUAAAAACCUGCCUGUGGCUGCCUCUGUCUGUGGGCAGCUUCUUGGAGCGAGUGCUGCCUGCCUUUGAGGAGCAGUUCUGCUGGUCUCUGGCUUGGCCCGGUGUCUCUGGAGGCACAAAGAUGGGAUUUUAACAGUGGGGGACAUGAGAUGGCCAGAACCUGUCAAUGUGCCCUGCCCUGCAUUGGUCUGAGCCUCUCUCCUGAAGGCCAGAGGUGGCCAGGUUCAGUGGCGCACGGGGACAGCUCUGAGAGGCAGCCCCACUGGGCCGACAUGGGCUUUGAUUGCCCUCAUGUACAUGUUUGCAGUGCACAGGAAUCAGGAGGGAUAUGUUGGAGCUCCUUCGCUCUGAAGGACAAAUGUGGGAGAGCAGUAGAAAAAUGUGGACCAGUGGGGUCUGCUAGGAAGGCUCAGGGGGCCCUGAGUUACAUCUGAGGAGAGGUAGUGGUGUAGUUUGUCAUCCAAACCAAGAUACAUUUAAGAGUGGAGGGAUGCACUGUUAAUUAUUACUUAUUAUGCCAAGACAGCUAAACUGAGCCUGUGGAGACAAAUUGGGUCAUGUCAGUUUCCUUAGGAAGAAAAUGGAAAUCUGGCGGAAAUGGGUCAUGCCUGUAAUUCCAGUCCUUGGGAAGCUGAGGCAGAUGGACAUGAGAUUGAGGCCAUCGUGGAUACCAAAGUAUGUUUGAGACCAGUCUGAGCUGAUAGUGACACCCUGUCCAAAAAGGGGCAAAGGGGGAGCAACACUGUGAAAUCACCAUCAACACAAACUUUUUUUAAAGGUAGUGAAAAUUUACAUUUAUUUCAAAGACAAAAUGA